CCGGUAACCAACACUGCCCGUAAAUAGAUAAGAACAAAAAAGUAAACAAACCAUCAAAAUGGGCAAGCACAGAACAGCUCAACAAGACGCUAUUAUUGUCGCAUUUAUGGAAAGACAUCCAAUAAUAGCGAAAAACUAUUAUAAAGGUGAUAAGUUAGCUUCAGAAGCGGCUUGGAAGAGAUUGUCCAAAGAGCUAAAUAGUGUUGGUCCACCCGUCAAAGAGGCAACAGAAUGGAAACGCGUCUGGAAAGAUUGGAAAACUUGCAUUCGAAAGAAGAUUUCGAUGAAUCGAUUAGAAGAUGCAAAUGCCACCGGCAAGAACUCUCUUUAUCAGGACACUUUGACCCCCCUGGAGGAUGCUGUGGCCACAAUUUGUGAUCUAUAUGAAAUGGUAGAAAAACAACAACCGCGUCUAAGUGCGGGUCGAAGAAGUGGAGGUGAUGGAAACUCUAGCCCGCACUUUCAAAACAUCAAAACGGAUCGAGAUGCCGCAUCCGAUAUUGAUGAAGAUGACGACGAUGAGGAAGAAGACGAGGAGGAAGAAUUAUCGACCAGCGGUCGUGGCGCAGAAGUUGAACAUCAGACAAACACGAACACACCCACAUCGUCAGCCAAAAGACGUAGAGUCCAUGAUGAUCCUGAUUUGGGAGACAGUGAAAGUAAGGUUCCACUCCUAAUGGACAUUUCUAAGGAACUUCGGGAACUAAAUCGUCAAACCCGUCUAAAUGCCCAGCGUGCUGAAGCCAACACUGAAGCACUGCUUGCCUUGGGUACUCAGAUCUCCGAUUUAAUGCAUCAACAACUAAAAGAACGCAAGCGACUUAAUUCCAUUAUGGAGAAAUUCGUCCUGAAAAUGGAAACCAACGACUAACUAUGCAGACACUGCUCUAACAAUCAUUAGAAAAUAAUUUUAUCCACAUUAAGUAAAUAAAUUCGUAAUUAGUAUUCGUAAUCCUUGAAAUUGUGAAUAUUCCGAGUAACGAUUUUUAAGUGUUGGAAAAUAUAAAUGUAACUCCCAGCUGAUCGUGCAGUGAAUACCG